GGAACCAUGGCUGCAGAGAGCCCCGUGGAAAGUCUCCAGGGGGAAGUUACAUGUCCCGUCUGUCUGGAGUAUUUCACAGAACCUGUCAGUCUGGAGUGUGGGCACAAUUUCUGCCGAGCCUGCAUCAGCCAAUGCUGGGAGGGAUCCGAUACAGCCGCCUCCUGCCCUCAGUGCAGAGAAACUGUGCAGCAGGGAAACCUCAGGCCCAACCUGCAGUUAGGAAACAUGGUAGAAAUCGCCAAGUGGCUGAGUUUACGGGCAGCAAAGGGAGCAGGAGGGGACGGGGUGUGUGAGGAACACCUGGAGACUCUGAAACUGUUCUGUGAAGAGGAUCAAACCCCCAUCUGUGUGGUGUGCGACAGAUCCAGGGCUCACCGCGCCCACACGGUGGUUCCCAUACAGGAGGCUGCCCAGGAGUACAAGGAAAGAAUCCAGGCCCAUUUGAAGACUCUGAGGGAAGAGAGAGAAAAGCUGCUGGGAUUGAAAGCGACUGGAGAGGGGAAUAGCCGGGAGUAUCUGAAACAAACACAAACCGAGAGGCAGAAGAUUGUGUCUGAAUUUCAUCAACUGCGGCAGUUCCUGGAGGAACAAGAGCGACUCCUGCUGGCCCAGCUGGAGAACCUGGACAAGGAGAUUGUGAAGAUAUGGAAUGAAAAUGUCAGUAAACUCUCUGCGCAGAUUUUCCAUCUCAGUGAGCUGAUCAGUGAGAUGGAGGGGAAGUGUCAGAAGCCAACAAGUGAAUUCCUGCAGGAUAUUAGAAGCACCUUGAGCAGGUGUGAGAAGGGGAAGUUCCAGCAGCCAGAGGAGAUUUCUCCUGAACUGGAAGAGCGAGUCAGUGGUUUCUCCCGGAAAAUGAUUGUGGUGUUGGAGACUCUGGGGAAGUUCAAAGACACUCUGCCAUUUGCACUAGAGAUGAAAAGAGGAGGAUCACUAGGAACGUUCAGACAGGUGAAUGUGACUCUGGAUCUAGACACGGCUCAUCCCAACCUCGUCCUGUCCGAGGACUGGAAAAGUGUGACGCGGGGAGACACACGGCAGCAGCUGCCCAACAUCCCUGAGAGAUUUGACACUAAGCCCUGUGUGCUGGGCUGUGAGGGAUUCACCUCGGGGAGACAUUGCUGGGAGGUGGAGGUGGGGGGUGGGGGAGGCUGGGCUGUGGGUGUGGCCAGAGAGUCUGUGAGGAGGAAGGGAUGGAUCAGCUGUAGCCCUGAUGGGGGGAUCUGGGCUGUUGGGUGGUUGGGGGAUCAGUUCUGGGCUCUUACCUCCCCUGAGAACCCCCUUCCCCGGCGCCGAAUCCCCAGCAGGAUCCGGGUUUGUCUGGACUGUGACCAGGGGCAGGUGAUUUUUAUUGAUGCCGGUGACGAGGCCCCGAUCUUCACUUUCCCGCCAGGAUCCAUCCCUGGGGGAAGAAUCCGACCUUGGCUCUGGGUGUGGCUGGGAUCCCAGCUCAGACUGUGCCCCUGAGGGCGUGUGUGGGGGAUAUCCCACUGGAGAACUUGAAAUCAGCCUUUCGAUGCUCACACACCCCAGUCUGUAUGACCUUGGAGGAUUCCUGUCUACCCAGUCCCUGACUCCUCAUCUUUAUGACCCAUGGAAGCCCCUCCCCUUCCCUGCAGCCCCCGGGAUGGAAGGGGGCGGGGGGAAGAACCCCGAGGGCUGCAGGAGGAGUGAGGGGCAGUGAGGGGGCUAGGCAGGGAGUAACACUAAUAGCCGGGUUUGGGACACGCGGAGGUGGGGAUGGCAGGGACACAGCAUGAAUCAGGGUUUGGGGGUUGGGGAGAAGCAGCACCAGGGAGUGUUUUGUACAGAUCUGUGGGAUCUGAUCUCACUGGGGUCUCCCAGCCAGAGCUCCUACAGGACAGCUGGCGACCCUGUGAUUGUCACACAGAGGUCGGAGGGGGAGAUUGACCAAAAAAACCCCCAUUAUAUAACCUUAAAAAAAUCAUCAAGGGGUCAGUCUCAUGAUCUUGUUUAAAACUCCUGAGGUUGGCAGCACUUGGAGAGGUAGGGACAGGGCAGGUUUAACCAGGGGAAAUUAGAAGAAGCAAGAAGAAAAAUGUGAAUGAAAAUUAAACAAGAAUAAAGGGAGAGUCUAUGAGAAAUGGUGG